AUGCCGGAGAUAAACCAAAAUGGCGCCGUUAAGUUUUUCCUCACACUUGCUUUUCUUACUGCUACAACCGCUUCUCUUCCUUCUUCGCCGGACCGAUUCCUCAAAUCGGCUUUGACUUCUCUCCGGUCACCGUACAAGCCAAAGAAGUACGAGGAACUCAGUCAGCCCUUGCCGUCCGAUCAACUCACGCCGUCGUGCUCUCAUGUCCUCCUCCGCCACUCGUUCGCCAACACCAUCAACGCUCCUCCCUUUACCACUCCAUAUACUCCACCUUCCGGCUGUACAUCGCCGCCAUGGUCUUAUGUUGUGCUCGACCUACGCGCCACCUCGAGUGGCGAUCAGUACGAUCGUAUUUCCGGCUUGUGGCUCGGCGGAGUGGAGCUACUCCGCACCAGUACGGCUGAACCGAAUCCAACCGGAAUCUUCUGGAAUGUUCGGAAGGACGUCUCUAGGUACUCCUCGCUCUUUAUGCGAUCCGAUCUAAAUGUAACAAUGAUGCUCGAGAACAUCGUCAACGAUGUUUACACGGGCAUUUAUCAUAUCAAUGUCACUCUCCACUUUUACGAAUCCAAUCAUAUUGCGUCAAAACCGAAGAUCAGUAGCAGAGUAGGGGUUGAUGGAUCCCAGAGAAGCGACCAAGCACCUGCGGAUUUGAUAAUUCCGUUAUGUGACGAAGGAAAUAGAGGUUUCUGGUUCAUGAUCGAGAGUCCCGCAGAAACGCACUCUAAGAGAAUUCAAAUUCCGUCCAACACUCGUCGGAUUGUGCUGGAACUGUACGUAUCGUUCCACGGAAACGACGAGUUCUGGUAUUCAAACCCGCCAAAUUCUUACAUCACAACGAACAAUCUAGCAACCGGGCGUGGCAAUGGUGCAUUCCGGGAGGUUGUUGUGAAGAUAGACGGGAGAUACGUGGGAUCAGAGGUGCCAUUUCCGGUGAUCUUCACGGGAGGAAUCAAUCCCUUGUUCUGGGAACCAGUUGUUGCAAUCGGUGCAUUCAAUCUACCUUCAUACGACAUGGACUUGACGCCAUUUCUCGGGUUGCUUUUGGAUGGAAAGUCUCAUGAGUUUGCACUCGGGGUCAACGAUGGGAUAUCGUACUGGCUUGUGGACGCUAAUUUGCACCUCUGGUUGAAUCACGAGUCUUCGAAUGUUGAAGCUGGCUCUGGGCGUUGCGAUAGUCCAAGCCGUCACAUGGUGCGACGAGCAAAGUUUGAGGAAGAGCUUGAUGGGUCUUUUAGAGUUGAAGCAGAGGUACAUAGUGAAUUUGACGGGUGGGUUAAAUCAAGUGAAGGUAACCUGACCACCGUGGUCAAAAGCAUGUUCAAAGUUGGCAACUUGGUGAAGUUCGAGCAAAACGGAUCAUACAAGAGGGUAGAGCAAAGUGUGAAGACCAAGCGGGUCGUGGAGGUGACUUCUGAAUCAGGAGAACCGGUGAAGCGGGUUGUUCAGCAGCGGGCAUAUCCACUCACGGUGAUCACUUCAACUCUUGGAGAGCUCUCAGCCAACGACAAGGAUAUGUAUCUGCUCGUGACAAAUGUUUCACACGCGUUGGAGGAGAUGUAUUCCUCUGGAGAAGCUUUGACAGAGCUUUAUAACAGACAGGACUCAGAGGGUUGGAUGCAGGUUGAAGAUCACAAUGUGUUAGCCGGUGAAGCGACCACAAGACAGAGUUUCAGCUACGUUGAUGAGUUCAGCUGUUACUCACGCAACAUUGUUGCAGCCAAUGGCGAGAUCACCCUCAACAGUUCAUCUGAUACUUGCGCUUCAUCUUCUUCCUCGUAA